AUGGUCGGAGAAGACGAGAACAUGCAAAUGUUUAACGUUGUCUUUCACCAUGGAGGGGAGUUUAUAAAGUUGAUUAAAGGUGAAACGAUAUACAGGGGUGGUGUUUCAACCAUAGUGUAUGGGCAAGUCAUUGAUAAAUGGUCAAUGCUUAACAUUGGUAAUUUGGUUAAUGGGUGGGGUUACAUAGAAGGGACAUACUGA